AUGCGCGCGACAGGACAAGCACAAAGGGCUCUGCGCGCUGCGCGGCCUUUUUUUUCGAGCAAAUCGGCAGCAGGUGUGCUCCCCUUGACGACAUCCUCACUACCACUAUCACCAUCACCAGCGCCAACCCUCUCCCAAUCGACUCCUUCCAAGCCUCGCCUACAUUCAACCUUCCCGGCGUCCUCCUCCUCCGUCAAUGCAACUGAACUCUCCCACUUCUCCUCGCUCGCCUCCUCCUGGUGGGACCCCCACGGGCCCUCGCGCCCCCUCCACCAAAUGAACCCCCUCCGCCACGACUUCAUCCGCUUGUGUCUCGGCCCGUCCUACCCCUCCCCGUCUUCCGGCCCAACCCUCCGGUACCUCGAUGUCGGCUGCGGUGGCGGCAUCUUCGCCGAAUCAGCGGCCCGGCUGCCGACGACGAGGGAAGUAACGGCGAUCGAUCCAAGCGAGACCAUUCUGGAGGUGGCAAGACAGCAUAUGAGGGGGGAUCCGGGGUUGAAGGGGAAGUUGCGGUAUUUGAAUAGAAGUAUUGAGACGUUGGAGGUGCCGGGAGAUAAGGACAAGUAUGAUGUGGUUAGUUUGUUUGAGGUACUGGAACAUGUGGACCAUCCGAAGGAGUUUUUGAGGCGGCUGUCACAGUUUGUGAGGCCUGAUGGGGGAUGGCUGGUGAUGAGUACCAUUGCGAGGACGUGGAUCAGCUGGAUAGUGACGAAUGUGGUGGCGGAGGAUAUACUGGGGGUUGUGCCGAAGGGGACUCAUGAUUGGAAUAAGUAUGUGAAUGUGGAAGAGUUGAGGGAGCUCUUUAAGAGUGAGGGGGGCUGGAGCGAGCCGAGGGUGAUGGGAGUGGUAUAUGUGCCGGGGUGUGGGUGGAAGGUAGUUGAGGGGAGCGAGAAAAUUGGGAAUUAUUUCUUCGGGGUGCAGAGGUUAGACUAA